CUGGCAAUUGACUUUUCUUCAACUGUGAAAUCAAAGGAUUCUCUGCUUCCAAUAAAAAAAUUCUCACCAUUCUGAACAGUACCUUUUUUUUUUAAUGGAACAGCUCAACAACAGUACCUUUUGUCUGAGAGACACUAUGAAUUCAUCACCAAAGCUCGUCUUGUAUAAUUUCUCGCACAGCUCCUGUUCAUGGCGGGUCCGCUUUGCUUUAAACCUUAAAGGACUUGAUUAUGAGUAUAAAGCAGUCAACCUUGCAAAAGGAGAGCAGUUUAGUACAGAGUUUGAACAAUUGAAUCCUCUCCGUUAUGUUCCAGUCUUGGUUGAUGGUGAUGUGGUAGUCUCGGACUCCUUAGCAAUCUUGCUGUAUUUGGAAGAAAAGUAUCCUCAGAGAGCUUUGCUGCCAGAUGAUCCUCGGCGAAAAGCUCUAAAUCUCCAAGUUGCCAGUAUCGUCUGCUCUAGCAUACAACCUCUUCAUAUGUUGGCUUUGGGGAAACGCAUUGAAGAAAAAGUUGGUCCAGAAGAGGGAUUAUUAUGGGCACAAUCUAGUAUUGAAAAAGGUUUUUUUGCACUUGAGAAGUUGGUAAAAGACUUUGCAAGCAGAUUUGCCACUGGAGAAGCAUUAUACAUGGCGGAUGUGUUUUUGGCCCCACAGAUUGCUACAGUUGUUAUGAGGUUCAACAUUGAUAUGGCUUUAAACAUGAGACGAAUAGAGUUGGGAUAGAAGGGAUAUGUCCCCUUUGUCCUUCCUGUUUUAGAAGGAAAAAAAAUUCACUCAAGAACUAUCCGAGGCACAAAUUUAUUUUUUAUAUUUCUGUUUUCAUCUCAGUCCUUUGAAUCAAGCAUAUUUCUGUCAUUCUUGUAUCUAUCCCUUUUGCCACGAACACUAACCAAAUGUUGAAACAGCACGAUGCAGUGACUAUGAUAAUAUAUACGUGGUUUCGUGGAUUCAA